AUGACAUUUAAAAUUUUGGUUUCAGAAAUUACAGAAAAUUCAACUGCAAAUUAUGGACAGUCCAUGAAAGACUACAAGAGCAAAAUCAGCAAAGGGAAAGAGGUAUAUGGGGUGCAGUCUGGGAGAAACCAGGCACAGGGGAGUCACACAGGACAUGCUCAGUUGCUUAAGCGAGGAGUUGUGACAACACAUGUGAAAUGUGACCUGCUGGGGAAGCUCGUUAGAGACUCAGCACCCAGGGCUUCUGUUGUGGACUGGUCAUUUAGUCACCCUCUGCUGCCACACACCAGAAUUCCAGACUCCCAGUUGAAGUACAGCAAGCCACUCUUCCCAGUUUCAGGGUUGGUUGUGAGGUUCAUUGAAGUGCUCAGGGAAGCAGCCUCUCACCAUACUUUCCUUCAUGCACGUGCCUCCCAGGCUGCUAGGGCCGCGGGUGCUGAGGCGGCGGCGCGAAGCCCCAAACAGCCUGCCCGGGGCUUGUGGCGCUUCGAGGCGGUCGGCCGGUGGGCCCCGCUGGUCCUGGUGACGCUGCUGUCCUUCGCCACCCGCUUCCACCGUCUGGAGGAGCCGCGGCACAUCUGUUGGGAUGAGACUCACUUUGGAAAAAUGGGAAGCUACUAUAUCAACCGCACCUUCUUCUUUGACGUGCACCCGCCCCUGGGAAAGAUGCUGAUCGGUCUUGCUGGCUACCUGAGUGGAUAUGAUGGUACCUUUUUGUUCCAGAAGCCUGGAGACAAAUAUGAGCACCACAGCUACAUAGGAAUGAGAGGAUUCUGUGCAUUCCUCGGUUCCUGGCUGGUCCCCUUCGCCUACCUCACUGUAUUGGAUCUGUCCAGGUCCCUGCCGGCAGCACUGCUCACUGCUGCCCUCCUCACCUUUGACACAGGAUGCCUUACACUGUCCCAGUACAUCCUCCUUGACCCCAUCCUGAUGUUCUUCAUCAUGGCUGCCAUGCUGAGCAUGGUCAAGUACAACUCCUGCGCUGACAGGCCUUUCUCUGCCCCCUGGUGGUUCUGGCUCAGCCUGACGGGCAUCAGCCUCGCUGGUGCGUUAGGUGUCAAGUUUGUUGGCCUCUUUAUCAUCCUGCAAGUGGGAUUGAACACCAUUGCAGACCUUUGGCACCUGUUUGGAGACCUCAGUAUUUCACUGAUGACGGUGGGGAAACACCUGACUGCUCGCAUCCUGUGCCUCAUAGUGCUGCCUCUGGCUCUCUACACGGCCAUAUUUGCUGUGCACAUCACAGUGUUGAAUAAAAGUGGUCCUGGUAAUGGUUUCUUCAGUUCUGCCUUCCAGGCCCGGCUUUCAGGGAAUAACCUGCACAAUGCUUCCAUCCCCGAACACCUGGCCUACGGCUCUGUGAUCACCGUGAAGAACCUGAGGAUGGCUAUCGGCUACCUGCACUCCCACCCGCACCUCUACCCCGAGGGUGUCGGCGCUCGCCAGCAGCAGGUCACCACCUAUUUGCACAAGGACUACAACAACCUGUGGAUCAUCAAGAAGCAUAACACAGACUCAGAUCCCCUCAACCCUUCGUUCCCAGUGGAGUUUGUGAGACAUGGAGACAUCAUUCGGCUAGAACACAAACAGACUUCUCGUAACUUGCACAGCCACUAUCAUGAGGCCCCCCUGACCCGGAAGCACUAUCAGGUCACUGGCUAUGGAAUAAAUGGGACAGGGGAUUCGAAUGACUUUUGGCGGAUAGAGGUUGUAAACAGAAAAUUUGGAAACCGAAUCAAAGUGCUGAGAAGUCGAUUUCGCCUCAUUCAUCUGGUCACAGGUUGUGUCCUGGGCUCGUCAGGAAAGGUUCUGCCCAAGUGGGGCUGGGAGCAGCUGGAAGUUACUUGCACCCCUUACCUAAAAGAAACCCUCAGCUCCAUCUGGAAUGUGGAGGACCAUAUCAAUCCCAAACUGCCAAACAUCAGCCUGGAGGUGCUUCAGCCCGGUUUUCCUGAGAUCUUGCUGGAGUCCCACAUGGUCAUGAUCCGGGGCAACAAUGGCCUCAAACCCAAGGACAAUGAGUUCACGUCUAAACCCUGGCACUGGCCUAUCAACUACCAGGGCCUGCGCUUCUCAGGGGCCAAUGACACGGACUUCCGCGUCUAUCUGCUUGGCAACCCGGUGGUUUGGUGGCUGAAUCUGUUGAGCAUUGCUGUCUACCUCCUCUCGGGGAGCAUCAUUGCUGUAGCCAUGCAAAGAGGGGUGCGGCUGCCAGCGGAGGUCGAAGGGCUGUCCCAGGUCCUGCUGCGAGGAGGUGGCCAGGUCCUGCUUGGCUGGAUGCUGCACUACUUCCCGUUCUUCCUGAUGGGCCGCGUCCUCUACUUCCACCACUACUUCCCAGCCAUGCUCUUCUCCAGCAUGUUGACAGGCAUCCUGUGGGACAUCCUCCUGCGGCUCUGUGCCUGGCGCUUGGCCAAGGGCAUCCAUGUGAUGGGAAUCCUGAGCCUGCUCCUGGGAACUGCCUACAGCUUCUACCUCUUCCAUCCUCUGGCUUAUGGGAUGGUUGGUCCUCUAGCCCAGGACCCCGAGAGUCCAAUGGCAGGACUAAGGUGGCUGGAAUCAUGGGACUUUUGAGGCUACCCUAAGGACUCCAGCCUGGCUCCAGGAGCUGCCCCGGGAUAGCCAGCUGUGGAGCCAAACCCUGGACCCUCUGACUGGAUGAAGCCGCCUGCGGAGCUUGGAGAAUUCUGCUUCCUGCCAGGACCAAGCUCUGGGAGCAAACCCGGAUGGAGUCCAACACCGGCAGAGCCACAACGCUGUGUGCAGCACCUGCGGGGGCAGCGUCUCAGCCCACUCCCCUGCGAGUAGGACAGGCAGGGGGCAUGUGCACAGGGUGGGGAGUGCCUGGGAGACGGUGCCCUGCGGAGUGGGCCUUGUAACUGGACAGUC